AUGAAUGAUAGAGAUGGUACUCAACGCUUCAAAAGUGUUUUGGAUGUCGAAAAGCCUUCGUGUACUGUCGUCUCUUUUAGAGAAGUCGUGGAUGUUUCAUCAGAUGACGAAUCUGCAGAAAAUGAUGACCUCAAUUCUUUCCAGCCGGCUCCGUCAUGCACUAAUAAUACGAAGCAAGCUGUCGCUCCAGACUAUAUAUCAUUGGUCGAAGGAAUUUUGAAUGAGUAUCAUCAAGAGCAUGGCCAAACGAGAGUUCAAAAAGGUAGAAUCAGAAAACCAAAAGGUCCGAAGUCGAUAAACAAGAAUGAAAGUAUUGCUCAAAGGGUUGUUGGACCUCGUCCACUUGUGUCUGCUGAAGAGAAUGGACAAGGUCGAUCUCUUGUUCCUGUUUCAAACUCUCAAGAUCGAGCAUCUCGAUCAGUUUAUCAACCUCAUGUUCCAAUUCCUCAAUCUAGAGAAGUUCGAUCAGGUCCAGGACAGAUUCCUCAAUAUGACCUACGCCGAGUGAGAGAAGGUCCAUACACUUACAAGAGUUUACAUGCCAAGGUGGUUCGCCACAGUCAAGCUAAUACAUACCUGAGAGGACCUGAUCUUCCCUGUCUACCGUUCGUACUUCAAAUAACAAUUCUUCGAUCUCUACAAAGCGCAUUGGAAUCUAUGUGCUAUCGAUUCGUCCAAAAAUGGCUGCCCAGGAUACUGGUGGCAAAUGAAUGGGACUGUCCUGAGAAUAUUGAGUUAAAUUUAUGGUGGAAAGCAAUCGACGAAUGUCAAAUACCCAUUGAAGCUAUCGGUCCUCAACCAAGCCGUCCACUCGGUACUAUUUUCCGUCGCGUGCCAAAUAUUCGCCAUUUUGCAGUACAUAGGCUUCCAGAUAUUUCAAUUGCCAACAUUCAGGAUAUGAUCACAGACGCCCUUGAUAUCGCAAAAGUAUUUCGCGACGAUUUUUUGGUUCCAAAACUCAAGCUCUGGAGAGAGAAGCUCGAAUACUUUUCUAAGUUAAUUAGAGACUCGCGGAGUAAUUUUUAUGUGGCACGUAAAAUUGAUUCCAUUCAUGCUUUAAAGGAGGAUAAUAUAAAGAGUCAGGAAAAACUACGCAAAGAUAUCGAGGCUCUCAAAAAUGAAAUUCUGGUAAAGGAACAACAGAUCAGUUCUUUGCAAGGAGAAUAUAACACCCACCUUACGAAGGAGAACGAAAUUAUAAACAGAGCUCGCAUUGGUGACAGACCCAUUAUUCAAGAAGCUGAGCCGCUUGGAAAUUUCAAAUGGCUUGAAGAAUGCUUUACUUUGAAUCUUGACAGAGAUGCACCUAAUCUCAAGCCGGCGGAAAAUCUUUCUGGCGAGGUUAUCCGAAUACAAAACAUUGGUCUCAGGCGCUUUGCCCCGGGCAUGCCUAGCAAUUCUGGUGUAGCCAAUAUGAAUGUCAGCAGUAGGCUCAAUCUUGGGGCUGUGACCGGUGGGAAUAAUCUCGCAAUCAAUCCUAAUCCUCCUCGCAGGCCUGAUAUCAAUAGCACUCCUCACGUGGGUUUAUCAAGAACAGGUAGUAAACCCGCAAUUAUUCCCAUACCUGGAGCCAAUAAUAUGUUGUAUUCUCAUGUGCCAAAUAACUUGGUUGGAAUUCCUGGUCUUGGUCGAAGAGCUGUAAGCGGUCCCGUUCUUUCAUCGCGAGGAAGACAGCCAAUUCCUGCGACAGCGGUCAUUAUCGAUCUCACCGAUCAAGAUGAUGAUGUUAUGUCGGAAUAG